GACGACGGUUAUUUUGGCAAUUAAAAUAGAAAACAAGGAACGUAAAAUUUUUGCAUUUGAAAUGGCAGCAAAUGCAGCAAGAUUAAUUCCUCGGAAAGUGAAGCCAAUCUUGUCCGUUGAUAAUGAAGAAGCCAGAAAGCGAGCGAUUAAUUUAUACAAAGCUUGGUGUAAACAAAUACCCUACAUAGUUCGAAAAUAUGAUAUACCGAAAUCUGUGGAGGAGUGCAAGCAAAAACUUCGCGAUGAAUUUAUAAAGCACGAAAAUUUAACUGACGUUCGUGUUAUUGAUAUGUUGAUAGUUAAGGGACAAAUGGAGCUGAAAGAAUGUGUGAACAUUUGGAAGCAAAAAAGCCAUGUAAUGGACUAUUUUCAUGAAACUUGGGAACCGAAACCCAAAGAUUUUUUGUCGAAAUUUAUCCAAGGAGUUGAGUAAUAUAAAUUAAAAGAACUGUAUAUAAAUUUGUUAGACAAUUAAAUAGUGUUUAUUAUA